GUUCCACUCGCAAUAUCUUUCUCUUCUUUCUUUGUCUAACCGAUAAGAGACGGUAAGAGUGGAGAAAAGCAGAAAGCGUUGGCCUGGAAAAAGGGUAACCCAGUGCGCCACCAUUGGAGUAAAAGUGUCUCUUUUUCUCAUCUUCUGCGCUCCUUUCUUCUCCCUGGAAUCCCAGGUGAAGGGUUACAGCUAACGCAACUUGGAGAGCCAAGUCUGUUAGAUCUCCUCGUUAUAUUUUGUCAUAUCCUGCCUGCAUUUCCUUAGGAAAAAUAAUAUUUGAAGAAUGGAUAGGCGAAGUUGGCCUUGGAAGAGGAAAUCAUCUGAGAAAGCAAGCAGUGAUUCUGACUCUGUAAGGGCUUCUUUAUCUAACACAGGAGUCAAGCAACGAGAACAGGAGCAUGCAAAACCUGUGAGUUUUGUACAAAUUUCUGUAGAAAAGUAUGAGCAUUUUAACGGUCUAGAAGAGGAAGUAGUGGUUCUUAAUGAAAAACUGAAUGUUGUUAAUAAAAAGCUAUCCUCAGCUCAGGCUGAUAUGACCACAAAGGAUGAUAUUGUUAAGCAACAUUCUAAAGUUUCUGAAGAGGCUAUUUCAGGGUGGGAGAAGGCUGAAGCUGAAACUUUGGCUUUAAAACACCAGCUUGAAUCUUUAACCCUGCUUAAGCUAACUGCUGAAGAGAAAACAGCUCAUCUUGAUGGUGCACUUAAGGAGUGCAUGAAACAGAUCCGUAAUGUGAAGGAAGAAAGUGAGAAAAAGCUUCAUGAUGUUGUCUUUGCAAAGACCAAACUAUGGGAGAACGUUAAAUCUGAACUUGAAGCUACAAUUGCUGGUUUGGAGAGGGAACUCCUAAAGAAUUCCGCGGAAACAGCUGCGCUUUCGAGGUCUCUUCAAGAACGCUCUGCAUUUUUAAUGAAAAUUAGCGAGGAAAAAGUCCAGGCUGAUGCUGAUAUUGAAGUUCUUAAAACCAAUAUUCAAUCAUAUGAAAGGGAAAUAAGCUCUAUGAAAUAUGAACUAAAUGUUACAGCCAAGGAGCUAGAGAUUCGCAACGAGGAGAAGAACUUGUGUGUAAAAUCAACUGAAGUGGCAAACAAACAACACAUUGAUGAUGUGAAAAAGAUAACCAAGCUAGAAGCCGAGUGCCAAAGGUUACGUGGCCUUGUGAGAAAGAGGUUGCCUGGUCCUGCUGCUUUAGCUCAGAUGAAACUGGAAGUUGAGAGAUUAGGACAUGGUUUUGGGGAAUCCAGAGUUAGGAGGCAAUCUGGUGAGAGGUCAAGCUCCUAUCCAUUCUUGUCUAAGGAGGCCAAUGUUAAUGAAGUUGAGCAUUGCCACAAAGAGAUUGAGUUUCUUACUGCUCGUUUAUUUGCAAUGGAGGAAGAAACAAAGAUGUUAAAGGAGGCUCUGUCAAAAAGAAACAGUGAGCUUCAGGAUUCAGCAAGCACAUGUGCCAAAACGGCUAACAAACUUCGCAUCCUUGAAUCACAGGUGCUCGUUAUGAAUCAGCAAAAGAGCUCGUCGAAAUCAAAUGUUGACAUCUCCUUUGAAGGAUCCUUGAGUCAAAAUGAAAGCAACCAGAGUCUAGCUUCGAUGUCCGAGGAUGGAAUCGAUGAUGCAGGGAGCAAUGCUGAGUCUUGGGCCUCUGUAUUGAUUUCAGAGCUGUCACAGUUUAAGAAAGAGAAAAAUAAUAGACUCAAGAUUACUCAAAGUUCUAAUCACUUGGAUCUUAUGGAUGACUUUUUGGAAAUGGAGAAAUUGGCUGGUUUGUCAUCAGAAAGCAAUGGAGUUGUCACUGUUUCAAAUGAAGGAUUGGAUAAUAUGAAGCAUGAAAACUGUGAUGACACUUCAUCAGUUGAUGUUCAUAUGGAUGUGUGUAAAGAAAAAACACCUAGUUUGAAACAAAGAUUAUCAAAGAUUCAGGCGCAAAUAGCUCAUGCUGUUGAAUCUAAGGUUCUUGAUUCCAAAGCAAGACAUCUUGUAGAGGAAAUUAUGGCAAUAGUGCAAGAUGCACAAAAGGAGAGGCCAAUUCAGCCCAAAGACCAUCUCAAUGGGGAGGCUCAGCACAGCAUGGAAGUUGCUGACUUUGAAACAUCUUUGAAGCACCAUGACAACUCAUGCAGGGAAAUCGAAACUUCAAUGAAUCAGGACUUGAGAAGUGCCAUAUCUUGGAUCCAUGAUUUUGUUAUAUUACUGUGCAAGGAAGUGACCCAUGGGAAAUCAUCUGUGCUUCAAGCAACAGCAGAGAAACUUGAGGAGUUCUCAAAUUCUGUCAACAAAAUUUUCUGUAACAAUUUGGAUCCAGUUGAUUUUAUCCUUUCCUUGUGCCAUGUGUUGUCUGGAACCAAGGAGUUUAUAUUGAGAACAUGGGCUACGGGGGAGAGUGGGAUUACUGAUUGCAUUGAUAAGGUAACUUUAUUAGAGAAUAGAAUAAUUCAUCAUGAUUCAACAGGAGGGAAAUUAGAUAGAGAUUGUGAUCUUUCUCCUUCAGUAUCUGCUCCUGAAGUUUUUAAUGGACCUAGCAAUCUUCCAUCUGAAUCAGAGGCUGCACCGGAUAGCUUCUCCUUUGAAGAAUUUAAAAAUCUGAAGAUGGAGAGAGAUAACAUGGAAGUAAAUCUCGUAAAUUGCAAAGAAUCUUUGGAACAUAUGAAGAUUCAGCUUGCUGAAACUGUGCAGAACUUAGCAGAGCUCAAUCUUCAGUUAUCUGCUUGUCAGAAGUCGAACGAUUUGACUGACACUCAACUGAGGUGCAUGACUGAAUCCUACAAGUUACUGGAAUCAAGGGCAGAGGAACUAGAAGCUGAAAUAAACCUGCUAAGGUCAAAAGCUGAAGCUUUGGAAAGCGAGCUCAUUGCAGAAAGGCACAGUCAUCAGGAUGAUCUAGCCAAGUAUCUUGAUCUGCAGGAGCAAAUUAGGAUCAUGAGUUGCUCGAAGUGUUCAUGCCAUUCAGAAACUGAUGCAGACACCAAGGCAAGACAGCAGAGAGAGAUUGCUGCAGCUGCAGACAAGCUUGCAGAAUGCCAGGAGACAAUAAUCCUUAUAAACAAGCAAUUAAAUGCUUUGCAUCCUCCUGCAGAAGCAAUGAGCAGGAGUAGCCAUUUCAGGGAAGAACCUCCUAACCCGGUUAGCUACAACUCACAGCAGUCUCAUUAUCCUGCAACAGUAAUUGAAGGAGUGGAGUCCCCACAAAAUGAAUACAGCUCCCAAUUCAGCUCAUCAGACAUGGAAUCAAGCCCUGUACUGAAACCAACGGUCACUACAAAGCGUCCGAAGAACAGGUCAAGAUCAACAUCUGCUUCUUCUCUCUCAAGCAUGUUGAAUGAUAAGCCCGGUCGCGGAUUUAGUCGAUUCUUUUUGAAAGAAAAGAGUGAGCUCUAAAAUAGUUUUGGUAGCUUUUCUCUCUAUUAUGUGGACUUGAUCACUAAUUCAUCUGGAAGUCCUUGUGAUGGUUUUAUGUGUUUUUACAGUUAGUGCUGCUGAUUGUUAGUAGAUUGUGAAGAUUUAGACUUCGUUUGGGACAAUUUUUUUACUGCUUCUUAAAGCAGUUUUGUAGUACAAAAAUUUUAAUUUUUGUACUAAAAAGUUGCUUUAGGAAGCAAUAAAAAAACCGUCCCAAACAAACCCUUAGAUGUUUAUGAGAAUUUACCUGAUUGAUCAAAUGCAGUUAGUCUGGUCAUUUGAAGCUGAACCUCACUGCAUUCAUUUAAAAGGUGGGUAACCUUUUUUUGUAUUUUUGGUCUUUUUUUUUUUCUCUCCUUGGUUUCAGGUUAGCAGGAGAAUGGUAAUGUUGUGGUACUUGGUCUUUGGCAUGGUUGUAGAUGUACAGUUUUAUUGAAUAAGAUAUUGGCCUUGGAAAUAAGGAUCUAUUGGUUAAUUGUGCAA